CUACGGAGGAUAUCCCUGGAUCAGGAAGGACCCGGAGGGGAAGAAAAUAAAAACCAAAACAAAACAGAAACUGGCACGGGAUACUGAAAGGACACAAUUUACAACAGCUUAGCUCUGCAUUCUUGACCACGUCCACACGGCCAUUCAUCUCUAGUACAUUCCUUCAUCAUUUCUAGACAAAUGGACUUGGACCCUGGCACUAGAGGUGACCUUGGGUAGCCAUACAGCGACUUCCAGAUCUUUUCUUCGACAGUGGAACAGAGAUAGCAGCUUGGGUCUUGGUGAAGUGAUUGACUGGUGGUCUCUGACACUCUGAAAGCCUUCUCGCGACGUGGACAUCGGUCUCUGACAGUCCUCCUACAGUGAGAACAUGGCAACUACAGGAACUGAAGCAAAGGACCUUGAAAACCAUCACAAUGACUGCUUCAUCCAACUUUCAAAUCCACACAUAGCAACAAUGAAGGAAGAUGUGCUGUACCAUCUCAACCUCAGCACUAGCACACACGAUUUCCCUGCUAUGUUUGGAGAUGUGAAGUUUGUGUGUGUUGGUGGAAGCUCUUCCCGGAUGAACACCUUCAUCAAGUAUGUGGCUGCAGAGCUGGGCCUUGACCAUCCAGGGAAGGAAUAUCCCAACAUCUGUGCAGGCACUGACCGCUACGCCAUGUAUAAAGCCGGGCCCGUGCUGUCUGUGAGCCAUGGUAUGGGCAUUCCUUCCAUCGGCAUCAUGUUGCAUGAGCUCAUCAAGAUGCUGUACCAUGCCAGGUGCUCCAACAUCACCAUCAUCCGAAUUGGCACUUCAGGCGGGAUAGGUCUGGAGCCUGGCUCUGUCGUCAUCACGCAGCAGGCAGUGGAUGAGUGCUUCAAGCCGGAGUUUGAGCAAAUUGUUCUGGGAAAACGGGUGAUUCGCAACACCAACCUGGACGCGCAGCUGGCUCAGGAAUUGGUGCGGUGCUCCUCAGACCUGAAUGAGUUCCCCACGGUUGUGGGCAACACCAUGUGCACCUUGGACUUCUAUGAGGGGCAAGGCCGUCUGGAUGGCGCCCUCUGCUCCUACACAGAGAAGGACAAACAGGCUUAUCUGCGUGCAGCCCAUGCUGCGGGUGUCCGAAAUAUCGAGAUGGAAUCUUCAGUGUUUGCCACCAUGUGCAGUGCCUGUGGCCUGAAAGCGGCUGUGGUGUGUGUCACCCUUCUGGACCGUCUGCAAGGAGAUCAGAUUAACACUCCCCACGAUGUGCUUGUGGAAUACCAGCAGAGACCACAGCGGCUGGUGGGCCACUUCAUCAAGAAGAGCCUUGGACGGGCCUGAGACUUGUGCCUUUCUGCCCAGGAGAAGCCUCUGCAACUCCUGGACAAUAAAUCUAUUUUUUUCAUAACACA